UCUUUUUGACGAAUUUAUAAAUAAUGGCAGCAUACAGUUUGAGCGAAAGGUUCUCCCGAGAUUCCAAAUACUACAGAUUUUACGAUCCAGGUGCUUACCAGUACGAUGAGAGCUGUAAAACAAAGCCAGCUCACGCCCCAUUUCUUUCCAAAACACCACGUAAGACUUUCGGUGCUGGACUAAUAUGGACACAUGCUAUUUAUGACGCUGAUAUUCCAUCUAAAAUUCCGAACUGUACUUCCAUGAUGUCUAAAAUUCCACGUUUUCCUUAUGAGGCUUUCAGUAAGGAAGAUCUUGAAGAAAUCCUUUGCAAAUGUGGAUUCCCAACACGUUGUCGAUGUCCUACAGAAGAAGAAGAUAAACCAAAACCGGAUAUCGUUUGUCAAGGUAAAGUGCCUAAACAUAUUAUAAAAGGAGUAUCACCUCGAACGUAUGGUGACAGUGGACUAUCAGCCCCAUCUACGGGUGACUAUGGGUUCGAAGUACGAAGAGAUGGUUUUCAAAAGAGAUUAAAGAAGACAGUUUCAGAUAAAUCACCUCCAUUUUAUGAUGCAAGAGUAAUAGAAUCAACAAUGUUUUAUCAAGGAUGUAAAUGGAGUAAGUGGACUGGCACUAGAGCAAGAAAGGCUUUAGAGCAAAGUCCUGGACCAGCACAUUACACAUUGGAGAAUCAGCCUACUGAAUUUGAAAAAUAUGCUGAAAAAUUUAGAUCUCAGAAACGUAAAGAAGCAAAACAAUACAGAUAUAUAGAGAUGGUUCAAAGGAGAAAUAUUCUAGAAAAUGCACCUGGACCGGCAUCGUAUUCUCCCACGUUGCCGAAAGGUAGCGAUUUACAAGAAAUAGGACCUAAGGCUGACAGAUUUACCUCAGCAACACAUGAAGUUUGCCCCGGCCCAGCCGAUCAUAACCUUAAAAGGGAUUUUGAACCACCACCAAAAUUAGAUACACCCUGUCGUGCAGUUUUGCCUGAACUUGCUUGUUUUGGUGUAAAAGACCAAAGAUUUAAACCACGCAAGGAAGAAGGCCCUAGUCCAGCUAGUUAUUGUGCAACAUAUAAGCCAUGUCUGAUUCAAACAUGUUCAACAGCACCUUUUGGAUCAUCUACAAAAAGAUUUAAAACUAUUCCAUUAGACGAAACCGAUGAGAAUGAAAUCCAUGUAAAUGAUUGUGAUCAACCGCAGGCUGAAAAAGUAGAAGAUGUCGAUCCUUACCCUCAUCAUACGUGGGUAUUUAAAUCAAAAACAGUACGUAUUAAACCACAUUUUAAAAGUUGGAAUGAACCGAGCCCUGCAGAUUUUAUGCCGAUGCAACUGAAAUCAAAACGACCGUCGCAUCUGCAAUAUCUUUCCCCAUUUUGUUCAUCGAACGGUCGUUUUCAACCAUGGUACAAUUGGAUACCUGUAUUUGGAAAAUUAGUCACGCCUGGUCCGGGUUACUACAGUGCAGAAAAAUCCAAAUGUUAUCCAGCAGUAAAUCGUGGUCCCCUGUAUCGAGAUAAACGUUUCCGAUCACCUUUGUUUGAGACUCCGGCUCCAUGCGCAUAUAAUGUAAGGGGUGGCAUUGACACUGUUUUAGAUACUUACAAUGUAAAAUUAAAACAUAAUAUCGAAAACCAGUAUACAUUUCAUAGUGAUAUAGCCCCUGAACGGAAAGUAUUAACUUUAGAAGAAAAAGAAACAUUGCUUAUGAAUAAAUGCAUAGCAUUGUGUGAAGAAUCAAUUAAUGAAGUAUCUUCUUUGCCACCCCAGGAAAAGAAAUGUGAUAUUAUAACAAAACACGCAAAGGACAAGGAAAAAAUAUUACGCUACUUUUUAUACAAGCAUCAAAUGCCUAUUAUGUAA